AACAUUAGGAAAUUAGGAAAAGGUUGACUUGGUUCAAUUUAGGGGUUAUUUUUGAGCUAAGUGCCGCAUAAUGACUAACUCUUGUCCCAUGACAAGUGGUAUCAAAGUGUGGUUUGAGAGCCUAGUUACAUGGAGGAGAAUUAUAAUGAUGGCAAGCCAAGGUGCUGAGGCUAGCAAAGUUUUGGAGGUUUCAAAGGAGAGGGGUCGAUGGAAGAUUCCUGGUGAUGCUCGGAAGAAAAGAAGGUCCAAGGCAUUGUCACCAACAUCGCGGGAAGUGUUCACAGCCUAUGAGGCGAGGCUGGCCAAGCUCAAGUUAGCCAUGGGGAAUGUCUAUGAGCAACUCGACACUCUUGACUUUCAGAUGGAAGAGCAAAAGGACAGGUGUGGCAAUAUCGAGAAGCUUGAAGGUAAGCACAAAGGUGCCCUUAACUUUUUCAUUGCUAACAUGCACAAGGCUAUACGAGACUUUCAAAUGUCCAUCGUGACAAAGGUUAGCGCGAUGGAGGUGGAGCUUAAUCAGGUGAAUCGUAAGGGUGAUGCCAAGGCCAACACCACAACAAAAGGGAGUGUUAGCAAGACCUUUAAAUACGUCACUGUCAAGAUCAAAGGGGUAAGCACCUAUGCCCUCUUGGAUAGUGGUGCUAACCAAAAUUUGAUUGUAGUAAGCUUUAUGAAGGAGUUGGGUCUGCCAUACACCAAGGAACCAGCAAAGAUGGUUGCAUACACUUCGAGGACGAGAAUAAGUGUCAUGAGGUGCCCUUGGAGUGGCUACUUGCUAGAGACCAUGUCUUCUCAGCUAUACAAGUAUCUUAAGGCAUCAAAUGAGAUUGGUAAGGCACGGUGGUUCUCCAAACUUGACUUGAGGUUAAGGUAUUUGCAAGUGAGGAUAGUUGAAGGGGAGGAGGUGAAGACUACUUGUGUGAUGUGUUAUGGUGCCUAUGAGUUCCUGGUGACGCCUUUCAAUCUCACAAAUGCUCACGCCACUUUUUGCACCUUAAGGAAUAAGGUUGUCCACCCCUUCCUUGACAAGUUCAUGGUAGUAUACUUGGACAAUGCUGUCGUCUACAGUGAGAUGUUGGAGGAGCAUGACCUUAAACAAGCUGUGACCAAAGAACUUCUGCCCUCACUACCCGAUUAUGGGAAGCCAUUUGAGGAGCAAAUCGGUAUGUUUGACUUCGCAAUCAAAGGAGUCUUGAUGCAAGAUGGUCAUACCAUAGCGUUUGAGAGUCACAAGCUUAAUGACACCGAGAAGUGGUACUCGGUGCAUGACAAGCAGAUGAUUGUCAUUGUCCAUUGCUUGUGGGUAUGGCAUCAUUACUUUCUUAGGAGCAUGUUUGUGAUCAAGAUGGAUAAUGUGACUAUGAGCUACUUCUAAAAGAAAAAGAAGCUCACACCCAAGCAAGUAAGGUGGUAAGAUUUCUUAGCAGAUUUUGACUAUGUGAUAGAGUAUAAGCCUCGGUGGGCUAACGUCAUGGCAGAUGCAUUGAGUGAUAAAGCUAUGUUCACCACCAUUAAUCAAAUCAAGUGUGACAU